AUGUCUGAUGUCGAUACUCUAUGCUCAACGAUUGUCAAUCGUCCUGAUAAUAAUUCUUUAGGUCAAUUAACACAUUUACUGAAUACAAAUGAAACUAUCGAUCAGGAAAAGAUUCUUCACCAGUGUGGCAAAUAUCUUAGUGGAAUGAACUUAGAAGAAUUCUUCGAAAUAAUCUAUAAGAAGAGCCAAAUUAAUCUAAUCGAAAAAUAUCUUCAGACAGUUGAAGAUAUCAGUGAAAAACAAUUGGUACAAUCGUUAAAUUUGACAUUUGACUAUUUGAUAUUAAUCCUAUCGAAACGAUAUGAUUAUUGGUCAUUGACACAUGCAAUGAAACUCUAUCUGAAUUCAUCCAAAUCAGUUGAAUUAGGUGAGCAACUCGUUUCUUUGUUAAUACAUUUUCAACAACCAACACCAACUAUUAUUGAUUGGCUCUGUGCUUUGAUUGACGCCCAUUUUUCGUCGUUCGUCUUGGCUAAAUGGAAUAAGAUUCCAUUAAUAGAACAAUUCGUCCAGGAUCGUUUGUCUACCUUCGAUUUGCUUCAAGGUUUGAAUACAAUAAAAAAAACAACAGCAUCAACGACGAAUAAGAAAACCCUUGACAAUCUCUAUACGUUACAACGGAUUCAUUUUAAAUAA